AUGUCUUCCACAACCAUUGAAUCCAGAAAAACUGCCAUUGUAACCGGGGCAUCAUCCGGUAUUGGCUACGAAAUCACCAAAGAGUUAGCAAGAAAUGGCUUUAUUGUAUAUGCAUGUGCACGAAGAUUGGGACCUAUCGAUGAUUUAAUCAACGAUCUGGCCCCAGAAUUGACAACCGAAUUGGCGAAAGCUGUUAUAAAACCCUACCAAUUGGAUAUAUCCAAGGAGGAUGAAGUCAAACAAUUCCGUGUAUUUUUGGAAAAGGAACUACCUAAUGGGAAAUUGGAUCUUCUUUACAAUAAUGCUGGUCAGAGUUGUACAUUCCCUGCCUUAGAUGUUACUAACGACGUGAUGGAACAAUGCUUCAAAGUUAAUGUUUUUGGUCAUGUCAAUAUGUGCAGGGAACUAGCUUCGUAUCUAAUCCAGGCAAGAGGGACCAUUGUUUUUACAGGGUCGUUGGCAGGUAUAACUCCUUUCCCUUUUGGAAGUAUAUAUUCUGCCACGAAAGCUGCCAUUCAUGAAUAUGCUAGAGUAUUACAUCUUGAAAUGAAACCAUUCGGUGUAAGAGUCAUCAAUGUGGUUACUGGUGGCGUUGCCACAAACAUUGCGGACACAAGACCAUUGCCUGAUGAUUCAGUUUACAAUUUUCCCGAAGGUAGAAAGGCCUUCGAAUACAGACAAUCGAUGGCUAAGAACCACCAUCCAAUGCCUGCAGAUGUCUAUGCCAAGGAAUUAAUUAAAGACAUUUUGAGUGACAAGGAUCCUGUGGAUGUUUAUAGGGGAAAACUAGCAACCAUUAUGUCUUAUGUGAUGAUGCUUGUUCCAUAUAGCUUAUUAGAAUGGGGAUUAUGCAAGAAGUUCAAACUUGACAAAGUGUUUGAGGCAUUAAAGAGCAAGGCGGAAUCCAAGACAAAGUCAGAUUGA